CUGAAGAUUUUCUCUACUGGUUAAAGAAAAUUAAUCCCAAUCUAUUUCCUUUAUCAUCAAAAACUCCAUCAGCAGGAGAAAUGGCAGUCCAGGGUCAGCUGAAACUGCUCUUAUCCCAACCAUGCUGUAAUUGGAACUUGCUGCUUGAAACACUGCUGCAUCCUGAUUGUCUUGUUGCUAGAACUUUGCUGACUGGCUCAAUAAGGGAGACUACGUGUCCAGAAUCAAGCAAUUUUGAAAUAAUAAUGAUGGAAGCUAACAAUAGCAAAGAUUUACCAGAAGCAAUCCUGACCGUUUUUUCUUACUGUACUUUUGUUCCUUGGUCUUUUACUAUCCUGCUGGAAAAAUACAUGGAUCAGGAGCAACUUUGGGACUCCCUCUGUAACGAGACAGCACAUACAAGCAGAAAUUAUGUCAUUGGGUUUUUAAGAAGGAUCCUUGUAAAUUCGGUAAGAGGCACGGUGAAUGAGGUGGCAUCUCUCAUCACUUCCAUUGAGCCCAGAAAUCAUUCUCUGUCUGGUUCACAUCGUAAUGUUGCUGAUAUACUGCUCAGAGCUUUGCCGAAGAAAUUGAGCUCCAGCAACUUGGAUGGAAAAGAGGGAAAGCACAAAGAUUUCACAAGAUUGACAGCUGAAGCGGUCUCUAUUGUUAUCAGCAAGCUACCUUCAGUAAUUGCCUGCUUGCUUCCACCAAUAAAGUAUUUCUACUCUUUCUCUGAAAGAAAGAUAUCAGAACAGUGCUCUGCAGUAAAAAAUAUGGGAAUACUUGUGUGGAACCUAAUUGAAAUUAUAUGCCAUGUACUGAAAGAUGGAAAUUCCACAGAACAGCUGACAGAUACCACCCUGUCUAGAUGGAGCCAAGAGAGGCUUGCUGUAGUUUGCGGGUGCUUGGAAAAGAUAGUCGAAUUCAAGGCUGCUAAUUCCAAGGAUGAAAUACAAAGAGUGCUUGAAGAUCUAGAGAAACGGAAACCUAACUGGAUCGAAAACCAGCUGCUGAAGGCCAAAACUCUAAGCUGUAAAGGUGACUUUGCAAUGCAAGAAGACAGUUCAACAGAACAAGUUCAAGGCAACAGGCUCGAUUUGACUGAGCAGAAAAUAAAUAUGAUGGUACUGGAUAUCUGCCACAAACCAGGUGGCAGCGAGUACCUGAGGCAAAUUCAUCACAUCAUCCAGCUCAAUGAGGUCUACCUGAAUGAGGCAUUGUCUUCCCAACAUUCAGAACAGGCAAAUACACAUUCAGAAGCGUUUGAUUUGACCUUGACCAGUGCAGAGGACCAGCUUUCAUCCUUCAACCCUCUGCAUACAUUCACACUACCUGAUUUAAGUGCUGAGAGUGAGUCUACCACAAUGAAAGAGGGAUGGGAUUGGUCAGCAUUGUUACCACACUGUUUACACAUGAAUCCUGUGACCUUGGGAGGGCUGCUACUGCACAGGUGGGAGACCAAAGACAAAGGGAGUCUAACUGAAGAGGAAAAGGAUGUAUUGAAAGAUUUAAAAGCUUUGAUUUCAAAUAGGAAACAGACUUCCUCACAGUGA